AGUACGGAUUCAAAAAGAUUUCCAUUUUUUAAUUUUUUCAAUUUUUCAAUCCACCAGAUUCAAGAAGUCGUUAGUAAUCAAACUAUGUCAGAUAGUGAAGACUGGUCAGGACCGCUGGACGAGAUUGCAUUUUGGCAGACAAGGAGUAUGUACACAUUUCAAUCUGCCUACAAAUUACAGCUUUAUUAGCCAUUAAUUAACUUAAUGACCUCCACCUUAGACGAGGAUUUGGCCGGCCUUGCCGCCCAACUGAAAAGCACUCCGGUCCGCACCGUUCGUCAAAUCAUGACCAUAAUCAAAUCUCCCUUUAUCACGAGUUUCAACGCGAUCGCGUCCGAAAUUUUGGGCGCUGAAGCCGAAGCCAUCAGCAACCUUCACUAUCUCAACGUUCUCGUUGAACCCUGCACGAAAUUGCAUAACUCCAAAGUUGCCGAAAUUCCCGACCAGUUACAAAAUAUUUUAUGGCUCAUUCGCGUCAUUUGGUUGAACUCGCCCUUUUACAAUUCUCGCGAUCGGCUCAACAGCCUCUUGAGGAAAGUGAGUUCUGAAAUUAUUAGUCACUGCAUCAAAGAAAUCGACGUCGAUCAAGUGUUCAACGGGCACAUCGCGACUUCCGAAGAAUUAAUCAACCAAUGUGUCGACUGCUUAAAAUUAUGGAAAACUAAAUACUUUGAGGCGCAAAAGAUGCAUAAUAUGAAUUCCUACAUGUCCUGGUUGUUGGAAUAUGAUUACAUUAUGUCGCACGUGGACGUCUUCCUCCACAGGUUGAAGGACCUCUUGGAAAUUUGUGUGUGUCAACGCCUCUACGCACGAAGGGUGGCGGGUUAUCAAGAACCACUCCCGCGCUACCCGGGCGUCAAAGGACCGGAAAUUACUCGCGUCAUGAAAAAAGUUCAGAAACUGCUGGAUCGCAAUUUGAAGGACAUGUACACAGCGCAAGAUUUAAUUUUGAACGUGCGAAACACCCAGUGGCACGAUUACAUGGUCAUGUUCCGAAAUGCGAUCCGUGACAUUGAAACGAUGAUUCAGAACGUGCUGUUCCUCGCGUUUGACUCCGUGGAGAAUAUCGAACAGGGGAUUCAACUCAUGGAAGUUUUUUAUGUCUUUGUCUUUUACGAUAGAAGUAUUAUCGUUCGAGCAUAUGACAAAUUGAUUAUGAAGUUUUAUAAGAUUUUUGAGGAUGAAAUUAGCAGUGUAAGAUCGCUGUUUAAUGAGGAUGUCAUACCACUGCCGGCAGGACAGCCGAGACUGGCCGAGAGGGGGAUGAGAGCGUUAGAACUGCAGAAGAGGUUGGAUCUCCAGUUGGAAAUGCUGAAAGAGGCGGCUUGGUGGCUCCCUGAAUGUGGGUACGGCGACGACAUCAAAGAGCAGGCCCACGUUCUUUCUAAAACUUUAGAGGAAACGGCACAAGUUUUGAAUCAAGGAUGGUUAAAAGUAUUGGGGCCAAAUAACCUGUAUCCUCACUUGGACAUUCCCCUCAUGACGAGAAGCACCUCAAAGUUUGGCAUGAUUGAGAUCAAUUUUGACAAAAUGCUGGCAGUCAACAUUCUUCAGGCUGAACUGUGGGAAAGUAUCGGAUUUCCGAUUCCUGAUGUUUUGUGGGAUGUCUUUUAUGAGAGAAAACGACUCCAAGAAAUGCGAGAAACAGUUCAAAAUGUGGUCACCGAUUACAACAGCAUCAUUUCCUCCUUAUCCGUUGAAGAGAGGCAACUGUUCCGAGAACGAAUUAAAGUCUUGGACCGAAAGAUUUAUCCCGGUCUUACGAAACUAAUUUGGUCCUCGGAUGUGUCAGAGUCGUAUACACGAGACUGUCGCAUGGCUGCAACCACGGUGGCCAAUUAUAUCACGGAUUAUAAAAACGCCAACAUAAAAAUUGGCAAGCUGGCGACGAAAAUCAGCAAUUACGUUAUGAUAAAAGUGGACCCCAAACAGAUUUUUGAAAAGGCCGACUUUAACGAUUAUCAAGAUACGACAAGGAGCAAAGCCAUCCUGAAAAUCGCCAUGAAAUACAAAGACAUCACUGAAAUUCUUCGCGACGUUUUCGAAAUGUUUAAGACGGAUGGACCAGAGGUCAAAAAUCAGUGGAUGAAAUAUCUCAAGAAAAUUGACACUCUUGUCGAGGAAGCGUUAUGCCUCAAUAUGAGACAGUCCCUCCAAAUCCUUCAUCACACCGUGCACGGCGAUCUGAGAGGUCCACCUCCCCCAAUUUUCAAACUGGUGGUGACUCUGGAUGAAAAAUUGCUGGAUUUUGACCCUCCCGUCCCCGUCGUUGAAGACAUGAUAUUGGGAAUUUAUAGAAGAAUUUGCAUUUCGAUUGCACCAUUCCCUCGUGUGAUUCAAUUCUUGACGGAUCCAGAUGCGCAAGUUACUUCGUUUGCGCAAGUAAUUGCAAAAGAUGAAGUAUGCCGAGCAACUCAAGACCGUAUAGCGGACGGGAUGCGAAUAUGCGUCACUGAAAUUGAGAAAUAUCUCCAAUCCUGUGAACCAUACCGCGACGUGUGGGAACUGGACAAGAACGUCUUCAUGGAAUUGUACGAAAAACAGAAUCCUGCCACGUCCUCAUAUGACACCGAUAUUGGACGCUAUUCCGAAGUUUUAGACGUCGUCCAGGGAUGCGAGAGCAUUGUAACGGUGACAUUUUGCACCUUGGAUUGCACCACGCUGCAAGAAAUUUUGUCCGAACAUUGUCGCGAAUGGCAGAGCCGACUUUUGACCUCGCUCUUUCAACGGGGCGCAGUCAAGCUGGCGCAAAUCUACAGUUUCAUGGAAGAAAGUCUCUCCAAAUUUACAAAGGCACCGAAAACCCUGUCCGAUCUGAUCAACGCGGUGAGUCUGUUUCGCGAAGUUCAGGCUGCCGUGACCACGUUGGAGAGAUCAUUUCCCAAAGUUUUUGAGCAUUUUGACGUUCUCGAUAAGUACGAGUUUGAUGUGGGGAGUCAAAUUCAAGAUAAGUUGUCCACCUUCGAUCGUGAUUGGCAUAAGGAUUUGACAUCGCUGAAAAACGUGGAGGAAAUGUUGCGAUCGGCCAAGGAGAAGAUGAAGAAGUUGGUGACCACGAUGGCAGAAGAGUUUAAAACCAAGGUGGACGAGUUGGUGGAAUCUUUCGGUGCAGUCGAGUGGGGGAUGCACGACCCAGAGACGGCGAUAGAAGAGCUACAAAAAUGUAGGGCCACGGUCAUUCAGUUGAAGAAGGAUGAGGUAGACUUGGUGAAUUCGCUGACAAUUUUUAAACUGGAUAUGGCAGCGAGUGAUGACUUGAAAAAACUGGAAAAAGAAUUGGUUCGGUAUGAAAAUUUACUGGGGGUACAAGCCGGAGAUGGACUCAGUAUUACGGCGAGUACCAUGACGGCAUCUGCGCCACCGCCGCCCCCAAAGGCGGAAAAAACGCCAACUACGAAGACUAAAGGGAAGCGGAAAUAAAUGAGUUUCGUUUUCGUAAAAAUAAUGACAAAAUAGUAGCAUCGUGAAAAUAGUUACAAUAAAUUAACAUUACGUUUAACAGAAUUAUACUUUCGUCAUACAUUGCUUCAAAUAUUUACAACAUCAAGAUUAAGAUAUAAAUAUUUUUUGGACAGAAAUCUUAACUAUAACUAUCGAUAAUGAUUUUUGAAAAUAACAAUAUUAAUAAUGAUUAAAUAUAUCAAUUUCCUGUGGUCACAAUUAGAUCGUAAACAG